AUGAGUAAUGCUACUGUGAACUUCACAUCUGAAGCAUCUACAAACUCCAGAUACGAUGCAUUUGGGGAAAUUCCCAACAUGGACAUUUGUAUUUGCAUCAUCAGCAUCUUAUUUGGUCUUCCUACACACUCCUAUAUCAUAUGGCUCAUCAUCACAGGAACUGGAGUUGCAUCAGAUUUUUUCAAUCUCAAUCUCUCAUUUUGUGAGAUUGGUAUCUGCCUGAACUCAUUGUUUACUCUAAUUUAUUAUUGCACUGAGCUGUCACAUUUCAUAAGCUUAGCAUGGUUUUCAUCAGGACUGCUCAUCACUGGUCGUCCUCUGUUUCAGUGUCUGAUCUGUGUUAAGUGUUACCUGGCAGUGGUUCAUCCUGUAACCUUCCUGAAGUACAAACCUCUCAGAUAUAGAGUCAUUUGCUGCACUGUGGCCUGGAUAAUCACUCUUGGGUCUUGUUUAUGCUGCAUGUUUAUUAGCCAGUUUAAAACAGUUUACAUAUACUUCCACUUAGUUCAGUUUCUCCUCUUCCUCUGCAUCCAGUUGUUUUGUCUUGUGGCUGUUCUCAGAGCUCUGAAGCAGUCAGGACCAGGAGAAAGAGGGAGAAAGAAAGAGGAGGAAAACCACAUGAAGAGAAGAGCAUUUUAUAUUAUUCUAAUAACUACUGUGACAAUGUCUAUUGUAUAUAUUCCAAAUAUUGUCUCAGGGUUGUCUUUCAUUCUUAUGCAAAGAACUCUGAAGCAGUCAGGUCCAGAAGAGCAAGAAAAAGGAAGAGAAUGA